AUGUCUUGUGUCCACUACAAGUUCUUCUCCAAGUUGAGCUAUGACACAGUCACCUUUGGCGGCCUCCACAUCUCCCUGUGCGACCUCAAGCGCCGGAUCAUGGGCCGUGAAAAGCUGAAGGCGGCCAACUGCGACCUGCAGAUCACCAACGCCCAGACCAAAGAAGAAUACACAGAUGAUCAUGCCCUGAUUCCUAAGAACUCAUCGGUAAUUGUUAGAAGAAUCCCUGUGGGAGGAGUUAAAGCUACCAGCAAAACCUUUGUUCUGGCUCCUAAAGCACACAAAACCCUAGGAACUGCUUUCAGAAGUCGAACUGAGCCAGUGAGUGGAACACCAAAAGCAAUUGAUGACUCUUCCGCACCGAUUCCUCUGGCCCAGCUUAUUAAGACCACCAAUCUGGCUGAAGCCAAUGCUUCCGAAGAAGACAAGAUAAAAGCUAUGAUGAUGCAGUCUUGCUGUGGAUAUGAACCAACCAGUUACAUGAAGACACCCUUGGGUCCACCUCCACCGUCAUAUACUUGCUUUCGUUGUGGAAACCCUGGCCACUAUAUAAAGGACUGCCCGACAAAUGGGAACAAAAAUUUUGAGUCUGCUCCCAGACUUAAAAAGAGCACAGGAAUUCCAAGGAGUUUCAUGAUGGAGGUGCAAGAUCCCAACACAAAGGGUGCUAUGCUGACAAGCACUGGGAAAUACGCAAUACCAACUAUUAAUGCGGAAGCUUAUGCUAGAGGAAAGAAGGAAAAGCCUCCCUUUUCACCAGAGGAGCCCUCCUCCUCCUCCUCCGAUGAUCCCAUUCCAGAUGAGUUGUCAUGUCCCGUUUGUAAAGAGCUAAUAACUGAUGCAGCUGUUAUUCCCUGCUGUGGAAACAGUUUUUGUGACGAAUGUAUUAGAACAGCAUUACUGGACUCUGAGGAGCAUACCUGCCCAGCGUGUCAUCAAACCGAUGUUUCUCCUGACGCUUUAAUUGCCAACCUGUUCCUACGCAAGGCUGUGAACAACUUCGAAAAUGGAACUGGCUACACAAAGAGGCUCCGUCAGCAGAUUCAGGAGCCACAGCAGCCGCCACCACCUCCACCACCGCUCCUGACUGUUACACCUCCUGCUGCUCUGGGCUAUCAGGUUCCUGUACCAAGACAACCAGCAUUACCAAGCCUUCUGGGCCCCCAAGGACAAUCAAUACCCACCACCGGUCGCCCAAUGAGUGCCAGUACAGUUCGCUCAGCAGGUGGCAGACCGGGCUGGGAACUUCGGUCCCCUUCUCGCUCCUACUCACGAUCGCCGCCGUAUGCAAGAAGAGGCUACUUUUCUCCAGACAGGUUUGGUCCACCUGGGACCAGACGAGAGAAUUCACCAUAUGCUCAGGGACGGAGGCAGGAUUAUCCUGGUGGGCAGAGCCACCAAAAGUGUAAUACAGCUGGAAAUUACCCUGGAAAAACUUCUGGAAGAGAGAGGCAUGGCAUCAAAGAUCCUACAAAAUCAAAAGAGAAGGAGGUGGAACAUCGACUGGGAGGUGACAAAGGAAAUAAAGACAAAAAGCACCGGAAGAGAAGAAAAGGGGAUGAGAAUGGAGGAUUUCCCAAUGCUGAGUGGUUAGAAGGAAUGAGAAAACCAAGAGAGCCACUUACAGCAGAAGACGUGAAAAUGGACUCUCUGUUCAUGCUCCCAAGCAGAGAUGAUGCCACCCCUGUGCGAGAUGAGCCUAUGGAAGCAGAUUCUAUGGCUUUCAAAGCAGCACCUGAAAAGGAGAAAAAAGAGAAGGAUAGGCCAGAAGCAAAAACUGACAAGACAAAGCGGAAAGUAGAGGUGGCUGUUCCUCCUAAGACAGACAAUAUAAGAAAACCAGCAAAAGCCUCCCAGGAGAAGGUGAACACCGAUGGUGACAAAUCCCCUCCAAUGGAACCUGCUGUGAAAAAAGUGAAGGAGGAGCAGCCAACCUUAAUGCAUUUCUGUUCUUAA